CAAACCUACGUUCCUAGCUUUCUUCUCAUUCGCGUUCGCAUUUAUAAAUAUCUCUAUCUAAUCAAUAUUUCGAAUUGAACAUGUCCUCCAGGUCGAUCUAUGAUCAUGUUCAAGCACCGGAUUUACAGACCCGGAUAGCUUCAUACUUCCGGCCUGGAUCACUUAUAUUUAUUGGAAUCUACUUCUUUCUUGACACAUUGAUAAAGUCUCCCUUUCUGUUCCUCACAGAUUUUGGAAAAUUUCGUCAUAAAGCAUUCGCCAAAUUAUGGGCGGGGUAUGGACAAGCCAUGUCCGAAGAAAUGCCAGGAGGCACUGUUGAAUUGGUUGCGACCGCAAGCGGGGUCGUUCUAGAUAUCGGCCCCGGCACGGGUACUCAGCUUCACCUCUUCACCCCAUCUAAAAUCAAAACCAUUUAUGCUGCAGAACCAGCCAUUGACAUGCACGCGGAGCUCAAACGCGCAGCAGACAGCAACUUGCUUGGUGACAAAUACAAAAUUCUUGCCGCUGGUGCAGAACCGCAAAGUCUCAUUCCUGCUUUGGCAAAGGAUGGUCUUCUAGACAUAAGUAGCCAAGGUGGAGAAGAUGUCUUCGAUACAAUCGUGUCCUUAAGAGCGCUUUGUGGAGUCCCUAGUCAAGAGGAGACCGCAGCUUGUCUCUAUCGUUUGCUCAAACCAGGUGGGCGUCUUUUGCUUUGCGAACAUGUCCAACAGACGUGGCCAAAUGGCGGGGAUGUCUUUGGUGCUAUCAUGCAGCGAAUAUACAUGUUGGCAGGGUGGAGCUUUUGGCUGGGAGGUUGUUGUUUAGAUCGAGACACGGAAGGAAUAUUAAGAAAGGUUGCAGGUCCAGAUGGAUGGAAGGAGGUUAAAAUAAAUCGCCUUCAGCCAUAUGCUGCUAUUCCGUAUAUUGUCGGCGAGAUGGUUAAGGCAUAGAAUAGGAGCAACGGAAAUGUGUAUCAUGCCGAGCGUGUGUUACGAUGAGACAUAUGCCCAAAUGAUCACCUUUUUGUUGUUGAGAGGUAGCAAAUCUGAACAACGAAUCUAGGAAAUAAAGAAGAAAUUCGACGAUCCAGUGAAA